AGUGGCUGGCUCAACAGGAUCCCAAAGAUGCCAUGGCACUGAGCAAAGGCGGUGCUUCAAAGCACAAACUUGGCAAGUACGAGGUCACACGCGGUGCUUCAAAGCACCAACUUGGCAAGUACGAGGAGGCCAUUGCGGACUUCGACAUGGCCAUCAAGCUGGAUCCCAAAUUUGCCGUGGCACUGUACAAACGCGGGGCUUCAAAGCACAUGCUUGGCAAGUACGAGGAGGCCAUUGCGGACUUUGACAUGGACAUCAAUCUGAAUCCCAAAUAUGCUUUGGCACUGGACAAACGCGGUGCUUCAAAGCACAUGCUUGGCAAGUACGAGGAGGCAAUUGCGGACUUUGACAUGGCCAUCCAGCUGAACCAGACCGUCCAACUAUUUCAAUCUCAUGGGAAUAUUGCCAAGUUGGCAGCUCAGGCAUAUUUCCACCUUGGGUAUUCCAAGCAAAUCCUUGGCAGGUAUUGGCACGCGGAGGCAAUGAAGGACUACGGCAGGGCCAGCGAGCUGGAUCCCAAGCAUGGCGAAUACCGUGACCGGUUGGUGGGAGCCACGCAAGACUCUGCUUGUUUGGGUGAUACUUGGAAGGCCGUGCUGGCACUGGGGCUAGUCGUGUUCAUUUUCCUCCGCAUUUUUUGCAGGUGGUGCAUCCGUGGUUGCAGUGGGUUGUGCAAGUUUCAUGCAGCACCUUUCAGUCGCACCAUUUCCAACCAAAUUGAGGCGGGGAAGGUGGAUUCCAAAAGCAUGCAGGCAUCCAGCAUUUAUACCAGUUCGAGGUUUCCUGAUAGCCAUGAAGCUAGCAGCUCCUCCUCUGAUUGCUCCUCAGACUCCUGGGUUCAUGUGGCCUCAGAGUGCUUCUCUCCAGACACCUGCUUCACGGUUUUGCUUCCAGAUGGGCCAGUUCUCGCACCUGCCAGCUCCUUGUAUCAGGGUGCUCAGGUUGUCGCCGCCGAGGGCCGCAUUACGGAGGUCGCUUAUCCACCGGAGCAGCAUCAAGUGCAUGCCGUCAUCGAACUCCAGGCAGGAGACACAUCCUUGGUUGUCAGCCGCGAUCACCGCAUGUGCGUUCCAGUCAGGACGGUGGAGGCGCAUGAGUUGCGAGUGGGCAGCGAAGUGAUCUUGGAUUGCUCACGAGCUACUGGCACCAUCACAUCCGUAAAGUGGAGGCACGAGCCGACCAUCGUGUUGAAGAUUGGCUUCAAACCCGACUUCCCGGUGCCGGCCUUCGCGCGCCCACCAGCCAUGCUGAGCAAAGGCUUUCGCUCAAAGCCGCUACGCCGUGGUUUGAGGAAGGCUCCAGGGACAUCUGAAGAUGCCCCGUCCAUUCCGGACACGGAGGGCCAUUUGACUCCUUGAGCAAUCCACACUCCCAUAGAUCAAGAUCCCUCAGCU